UAUACUUUUAUAUGAAACUUAAUAUCUUUCUUAUAUUAAGCUUGGUAUAUACCCUUGUGUUUGGUCAAGUUGAUCAACAACGAGUACGUAUUGAUGCCACUUUCAGAUCUACCAAAAACAUCUUAUUUGUUGCCAAUGCACCUGGUUCUUCUCAUGUCACUUGGGUUUUACGCUUCCUUGAUGAAUUGUCAGCAAGAGGUCAUAAUAUCACAAUGGUUACGGUGGAGGAAAACCUCAAAUAUAGUUACUCUCAUCCUUAUCUCAACACUGUCUCUAUGGGUAGUAGCAAUUUUGAUCAUAAAAGAAUGAUGGAAGGAAAUGAUAGCCACAAGCCCUUUUUGGAACUCUUCCCUGUUUUGUUUGAUGCUUUCAUUCCAGGUUGGCCAAAAGAAUACCGCGCUAUUUUGGAGCAAAUUGAAAAGAAUAAGGCGGAUGUCCUCAUCUGCGAUUUCUUCUCCAAUGCUUGUAUGGAAGCUGCCAAUACCAAACAAUUGCCCUUUAUUCUCACAUCCACUGCUGGUUUGUUUCCAGAUGCUGCUCCCCCUUACAUCAACGCCAAUAUGUUUGCUAUGGAUGAAUACACAACAGUACAUCAAUCAAUUUACCGUAGAUUCUUCAACAAAUUCAUCCUUCCUAUCCAAGUGAUCUGGAAAACACGACCUAUUUUGGAACGAAUGGCUAAAGUGAAAAGGGAAAGUGGAUUGAUCAAUGCUCGAUGGAAUGAUGAUCCUAACGCAAGGUCUAUUCACGCUGUGAAACUUAUCGGUAACAUGUUUGGUCCUGAAGCGGCUCGCCCUCUUGGUCCCUUGGUUGAAUUUGUGGGUCCUAUGCUUGAAAAGGAAUACAAUGGAUUGACUACAGAACUCAAAUCAUACUUGGAUGCCCGACAAAAAGUGGUUUAUGUGGCCUUUGGACAACAUGCUCGUCCUCUUGCACAUGAUGUUGAACGCAUUUUAACUUCUCUGAUUCAUCAACUGGAAAAAGGUCAUAUUGAUGGUAUUAUUUGGUCCAGUGUCCUCGCAGAAUCAAAAUAUUUCCCUACCGUUAUUACUUCAUCCUACUCUCGCAAGACUUACAGUACAGCUUCCUUCUUCGAUGGCAACAAGGGUAAAGUAGGUAAUAUUCUUGAUGAUAUCUUUGUAUCAAAGUGGUCCCCUCAAAUGGCUAUCUUACUUCAUCCCUCUGUUCACGUGUUUGUGUCCCAUGGUGGUGCUAAUUCCCUCUUUGAAUGUCUUUAUGCUGGAAAGAGAUUACUAUUCUAUCCCUUCUUUGGUGAUCAACCCGGUACCGCAAAACAUUUAUCACAAGCCGGUGUAUCUGAAUACUUUAAUCAUCUUACAGAUUUGGCAGAUGUUGAUGAAAAGGUGGAAAAGGUGAUUCUCGAUCGUGAAGGCCACUAUCAAGAAAAAAUCAAUAAAUAUCAAGCCAUGAUGCAAAUCCAAAGCAAGUCUGCUCCUAUUCGUGCAGCUGAUGUGGUAGAAGAAGUUGCUUUUUCAAGUCAAGGAACAUUGAUGCCUCACCGUGAAGAUGUGUCUCGCUCCCUUUCUUUUGCCAAGAAACACAAUCUGGAUAUCUAUGCUCUGGCUAUUGCUUCAUUUGGAUCCAUUUUUAUCAUUAUAUCUCUUGGAUUGGUAAAGCUGGUCAAGACUCUUUAUCAUGGUUAUCAUAUCAAGCAAAAAACCAAAACUCUUUGAACGCUGUAUUUCUUUUUUUUUUUUUCUUCCCAUUUAUAUUUUAUGUUUAUAUAUUUAGCUUGGUUGAAGCUGUCGUUACUUGUCUAGGUUUUGUUAUACACAUCAUACUUAUUAUAUCAUAGACGAAUAAACUGUUUCUCUAUACAUCUUUUAUAUCUCUC